GUAAUGGCAGAAGGUGAAGAAGAUGAAAUGAAUGAAGGUGAAUCCAGGGGAGAUGAUUAGCUCUACAUGGGUGACCAAAUCGCACUGAGGAUGGCUGGAGACUCGCGGGCGUAUACGGACCACGACAUGGAGAUAGGAGUGCUGUCCACCAAGGUGAAGAAGCUCCCAAAGCCUGUGAGAGAGAUCCCGAUCUGCACGGAUCGCAUGUGCCUGGUCUCCGAGAGCACCAAGCCCAGGCAGCGCUACGUCCAGAAGGAUGGCAAGUGCAAUGUGCACCACGGCAACGUGCAGGAGACCUACCGCUACCUCAGUGACCUCUUCACCACACUGGUGGACCUGAAGUGGCACUUCAGCCUGCUGGUCUUCACCCUGGUCUACUGCGUGACCUGGCUCUUCUUUGGGUUGCUUUGGUGGCUAAUCGCUUAUGCGCGUGGUGACCUAGGCCAUGUUGGCGAGGAGAGCUGGACGCCUUGCGUGGAAAAUCUCAACAGCUUCGUGUCGGCCUUCCUCUUCUCCAUCGAGACGGAGACCACCAUCGGAUAUGGUUACCGUGUCAUCACCGACAAAUGCCCAGAAGGAAUCAUCCUCCUGCUUCUCCAGGCCAUCCUGGGAUCCAUCGUUAAUGCCCUGAUGGUGGGCUGCAUGUUUGUCAAAAUCUCUCAGCCCAAAAAGCGGGCGGAGACAUUGGUGUUCUCUCACAAGGCUGUGGUGUCGGUGCGGGAUGGGCGGCUCUGCCUCAUGUUCCGCGUGGGCGACCUGCGCAACUCACACAUCGUGGAGGCCUCCAUCCGUGCCAAGCUCAUCCGCUCGCAGCAGACCAAGGAGGGUGAGUUCAUCCCACUCAACCAGACCGACAUCAACGUGGGUUUCGACACGGGAGAUGACCGCCUCUUCCUCGUCUCACCACUCACCAUUGCCCACGAGAUCAACGAGCGCAGCCCCUUCUGGGAGUGGACUCAGGCACGGAUGGAGAAGGAAGAGUUUGAGAUGGUGGUCAUCCUGGAGGGUAUGGUAGAGGCUACAGGAAUGACCUGCCAGGCCCGCAGCUCCUACCUGGACACGGAGGUGCUGUGGGGUUACAGGUUUACCCCAGUCCUCUCCCUGGAGCAGGGCUUCUAUGAGGUAGACUAUACCAGCUUCCAUGAGAUCUAUGCCACGGACACACCCUCCUGCAGCGCCAAAGAGCUGGCCAGUGGUCCAAGAGGACUCCAGACCUCCCCCCUGCUGCCCCACCCAGGCCUGACCCCUAGACUCCAUCUCCGGGACUUGCCCAUGACCCUCGAACCCCAGCUUCUGGAGUGCGAUGAGGAAGGGGAGGUGGAGGAGUCCAACAGCCCCGCAGGAGGGGUAGGGUAG